UUUCUUCAACGCCUGCAGGAGCUUGAUCAUGAUAUUGAGGCACAAAUUGAAACAUUAAAAAAGGAAGUGAGCAAGAUGCUUGUCUCAAAGACUGAGAAUCCCUUAACAAAAGUUGACUUGAUUGAUUCAAUCUCUCGUUUGGGUGUGAACUAUCACUUUGAGCAUGAGAUUGAUGAAGUUAUGCAACAAAUUUACAAGAAUUAUGUUGUAAACGGAGAAAUAAAUAUUGAAGCCAACCUCUCCACUGUUGCUGUGUUAUUUAGAUUAUUGAGGCAACACGGAUUUCAUGUUUCACCUAUUGUGCUCAACAAGUUCAAGAAUCUACAAGGAAACUUUAAUGAGAGACUUUUGAGUGAUGUUGAGGGAAUGUUAAGCUUGUAUGAAGCCUCACAUAUGAUGGUUCAUGGAGAGGACAUUUUGGAAGAAGCACUAACUUUCACUUCCACUCACCUUAAGUCCAUUACCACCACAUUGAGUCCUUCUCUUGCAGCUCAAGUCAAUCAUAGCUUAAGGCAAGCUCUCCAUAAAAACCUGCCUAGGCUAGAGGCACGACGCUACAUUUCUAUCUAUGAGCAAGAUCCUUCUCAUAAUGAAAUUCUACUUACUUUGGCAAAAUUAGAUUUCAAUAAAUUGCAAAAUCUACAUAAAAAAGAAUUUGGCAACAUUUGCAAGUGGUGGAAAGAGUUGGAUGUCUCUAGUAAAUUACCCUAUGUGCGAGAUAGAAUUGUGGAAUGUUGCUUUUGGGUUUUAGCGGUAUAUUUUGAGCCCCAAUAUUCUCAAGCAAGAAAAAUACUUUCAAAAGUAUUUGGCAUAACAUUAAUCAUUGAUGAUACAUAUGAUGCAUAUGGAACCAUUGAUGAAUUAGAACUUUUGACUGAGGCAAUUGAAAGGUGGGAUAUUAGUUGCUUGGAUGAUCUCCCGGAAUCCAUAAAAUUACCUUAUAAGUUGCUGAUAAAUCUUUAUGAAGAAAUAGAACAAGAAAUGAUUAAAGAAGAAGGAAAAUCUUGUUGCAUCAAAUACAGCAUAGAAGAAUACAAAAAGUUAGUUCGAGCCUACCUGAAUGAGGCUAGAUGGUUCAACAACAACUAUAAACCAACAAUAGAGGAGUACUUGCAUGCAUCAAUAAUAUCAUCUGGUUACUCAUUGAUGACAAUAACAAGUUACAUUGGAAUGGGAGACAUGGCCACUGAGAACAUCUUUCAAUGGGCAGCAAAUGAGCCAAAAUUUCUUAGGGCUAUUUCUAUUGUUGCUAGGCUAAUGGAUGACAUUGUAUCCAGCGAGUUUGAACAAAAAAGAGGACAUGUUUCCUCAUUCUUGGAAUGCUACAUGAAUCAAUAUGAUGAGUCUAGGGAAGCUGCCAUUCACGAAUGUCAAAAUAGAAUAAUUGAUAAUUGGAAGGAUAUAAACGAGGAGUGUCUUAUGCCGACCAAAGUUCCAAUGCCUUUUCUGAGACGUCCUUUCAACCUUGCAUGUUUCAUGGAUGUGUUCUAUAAAGAUGAAGAUAACUUCACGCACUCUGGAGGAAUAAUGAAGACAUCUAUUAAAGCUUUGCUCUUAGAUCCAUACAAAAAGUCGGUUCGAGCUUACAUGACUGAGGCCAAAUGGUUCAACAACAACUAUAAACCAACAAUAGAGGAGUACUUGCAUGUAUCAGCAAUAUCAUGUGGUUACUCAUUGAUGACAAUAACAAGUUACAUUGGAAUGGGAGACAUGGUCACUGAGGACAUCUUUAAAUGGGCAACAAAUGAGCCAAAAUUUCUUAGGGCUAUUUCGAUUGGUGGGAGGCUAAUGGAUGACAUUGCGUCCAACGAGUUUGAACAAAAAAGAGGACAUGUUUCCUCAUUCUUGGAAUGCUAUAUGAAUCAAUAUGAUGAGUCUAGGGAAGCUGCCAUUCACGAAUGUCAAAAUAGAAUAAUUGAUAAUUGGAAGGAUAUAAACGAGGAGUGUCUUAUGCCGACCAAAGUUCCAAUGCCUUUUCUGAGACGUCCUUUCAACCUUGCAUGUUUCAUGGAUGUGUUCUAUAAAGAUGAAGAUAACUUCACGCACUCUGGAGGAAUAAUGAAGACAUCUAUUAAAGCUUUGCUCUUAGAUCCGGUGCCAAUUUAACCAUUAAUUUCGGUCCUUUAUGCUUCAUAUACUAAAGGUUAAAUUAUAUUUUUAGUCUUUAUAUUUAUUUUUUAAAAUUUAAUUUAGUCUUAUUAUUGUUAAAUGGUUCAUUUUAA